AUGCCUUCCCCUCACCCAUUUGCGAGCAUCGGGGUGGGUGCGGUAUCCAACUCUUCUGCCACCCUGGAUGAUGUUGGCUUGAUUGUCAGUCGCAGAACGGUUUUGGAGGAUCCAGAGUUCACAGACGUUAUAGAGAACAUCACCGUUCCGGCCGGAAGGAAUGUCAAACUGGCCUGUUCUGUGAAGAACUUGGGCUCCUAUAAGGUUGCGUGGAUGCACUUCGAACAGUCAGCCAUCCUCACGGUGCAUAAUCACGUGAUCACUCGAAACCCCCGGAUCAGCGUAACGCACGAUAAGCACGACAAACACAAAACAUGGUUCCUGCACAUCUCGAACGUUCAGGAGGAAGACAAAGGCCGCUACAUGUGCCAAAUCAAUACGGUGACGGCCAAAACCCAGUUCGGCUACCUUCAUGUGGUCGUGCCACCCAAUAUCGACGAUUCGGUUUCCUCUAGCGACGUGAUUGUUCGGGAAGGUGCCAACGUGACGCUGCGCUGCAAAGCCACCGGAAGUCCGCCUCCAUCGAUCAAGUGGAAACGGGACGACAACACGAAAAUUGCCAUCACCAAGAAUAACAGCGUACUCGAAUGGGAAGGAGACGUUCUGACGCUUUCGCGUGUAUCGCGCUUCGACAUGGGAGCCUAUCUGUGCAUCGCUUCCAACGGAGUUCCCCCGAGUGUGUCCAAGCGGAUUAAAGUCAGCGUCGAUUUUCCUCCAAUGCUUUGGAUACCUCAUCAGCUGGUCGGUAUCCCCGUGGGGUAUAAUGUCACGCUGGAAUGUAAUAUAGAAGCACACCCUACCUCACUAAACUACUGGACGCGCGAGAACGAUCAGAUGAUUCACGAUUCGCUAAAGUAUAAGACUGAAUCAGCGUCCGGCACGCCAUCGUACAAAGCGGUAAUGCGGCUGUACAUCAUCGAGGUGCAGCACAGCGACUACGGGAUCUAUAAGUGCAUCGCCAAGAACCCACGUGGCGAGACCGACGGGACAAUCAGAUUAUACUCUUCCAGUCCGCCUACAACGAUACCGCCUUCGACGACCGAGAGCAUCAUUACCACUGUUUCCUCUACGAAGUCCUUCGAGCUACCGUUUGGACUUACAACAACCGCCCCCGUCAGUUACUUCGAGAAAGGAAAUAAAUACCAAUCCAGCCUGAACGAUGUAAAUAGGUCGGAGCACAAAUCUUCCGAUAGCACCAAAACGAAUCGAGAUCGAUCCUCGUCCAAGCAGCCAACCAACAGUGGCUCCAACCGACCACUCGUCUCACGCUGGUGGUCUGUGUGUCUACUGCUAGUCCUGCAAACAGUGCAUGCAGCUCGACAGUGACGGUGACUUCAGUGUGACCAGCCAUUGCUGUAGAUUGUUAUCGUUAGGCAUAUUGAUUAAUUGAAUUUAUAACCAGUAUUGUGAAACAUUGAAACAGUAAACUAAACUUUUUUAAUCGUUAUCGUUCUGUUUGAUACGGUGGCAAACCGUGACCAAGUCCGGUGCCCUAGGUUUUUGCUUCCGAUGAUUUCAGAAUAAACAGUUUAACCGAAUGUAAAGGUAGGUAUGCUACAAUUUGUACAUUUAAUCUAAUUAUUUAGACAAAAGGGUAGAUAAUUUUUAUGAUGCAAACAUAACUAGCGGCAGAGCGUACCACAAACCAAACAAAUAUUAAUCUGGAACGGCUGUGGUAGACGUUCAGCAGAAUGUUGUAUAAUUAUCAGGAAUUGGCCGAACAACAAAGCGAUAAGAUAAUUGAUAGUGUUAAUGCCUUACAUAAAAAUAAGCCAAAAUACUACGCAGAUAUGUCAAAAAGCCACAAAGCAGAAAAUGACUCAUUAAAUGAACCCGGUGUUGUGAGGAUAAAAAGCAUUAAAACCAACUGAAACCUAUUUCCCUUCUAUCGCACGGUCAUUCGGUUCAGCGAAGGACGAAAAGUAUUUUUAGAUAACAGUCAAUUAAAUGUCGAUGACUACACGGUUUAGACUUUUUAUGGAAGAAAAAGCAUUAUAAAAGUUGCAGAUCGAAGCAUACUCUUAGUUUUGUGGUGACCCGCAGAAGAUGGCAAACUUUGAUUCGCGUAUAGGGGUAAACGGGGUAAAAUGUACUCUCCGUUGUGUUUGAAAGUGGCUGAUUUUGAUGACUCAGUAGAGUAUUUCGAUUGAUUUAUAUGUUUACCUUAAUGAAAACACAAUGGAUCGUGCUGGGAUUAGCAAAUUUUUGGAUCCAAAACAGAAAUAUUAUUAUGAAAAGCGGUUAGUCACAUAAUCUAUGGCGAUUUAAUAGUACAUUUUAUGAGGUCGAAAAAAUUAAAAUUGUCCGAGGAAAAAUCGAUUUUUUUAGAUGUUGACGAAGCAUGUGAUGUCGACGGUUCAAUUCGAUAUAUUUCAAAUAUAACUUUUCUAAUCAGCAGACAGAGAUAUCAGAAGCUGUAUCAAAGUUCAAUGAUUUAGUUGAAAUCAUCAGCGUUUUUUGCGCAUACGGAUUUUUUUCAAAUAGCCGCGCCAUGCUUAAACGGGAAUUUGAGUAAAGCGGCCAUUGUAAAUUAGUUUGGUUUUACUGGUCAAUAUGCUUCAUCUUUUCUGGCCCAUUUUGAUGAGUUCAGAUCCAGUACCAUCCUUAGCAGUUGUUUUAUUGUUCUUGAGCUGUUCAAUAGCAUCCCCCAACGUGAAAAUAGGUUGGUUUCCAUCAUCCACCUUACUGACGUAAUAUUCUCCUCAUCUGCCUUGGCCUUCCGCAUCUGUUUCUUCAUUGCCAUUCAAGUGUUCAAAAUAGUGUUGCUUCCACCUUUCAGUCACCUCUCGUCUAUCUGUCAGAAUGUUUCCAUCCUUAUCCCUACACAUUUCGACUUGCGGCACGAAGCCUUUGCGAUAUGCGUUGAGCUUCUGAUAGAAUUUUCGGGUUUAUUGAGAGCGGUACAACUGUUUCAUUUUCUCACACCCUGCUUCUUUCAGACGGCGUUUUUUCUUAUGGAAUAGACGGGUCUGUUGCUUCCGCUUCAAUCGAUAUCGUUCUACGUUCAGCCGCGUUCCAUGUUGCAGCAUCAAUGCCCGCGCUGCGUUCUUCUCUUCUAAAAUCCCUCUACAUUCCUCGCCGAACCAGCCGUUCUGUUGACUUCGUUCCACAUACUCGACGACGCUUUCAGCUGUGUUGUUGAUGGUUGCUUUAUGUUCCAGCAGUCUUCAAGAGGAGCUCCAUCGAGCGCACUCUCAUUCUGCAUAUAUGUUGUUCCGACUUCUGAUUGGUUCAGUCGCCCAAGAUCACACCGAGGCGGGAGUCGGUAGAUAACGAGUUCGUUAUUUUUCUCUUUUUCUUUUAUAUUUCGACUAUGUUAGUCACAUUUUCUUUUUUACAUUUUAACAACAUUCAAUUAGCUAGAGAUUACUGGUAAGUUAUGAAAAUUAGAGCCAUAGUACUCAAGUGAAAGAAUGGAUGUGAAGUAAACAGAUCGGAAAACUAGAAGUGGCAGGGUCAUUAGAACAGGCUUAAUAUCGUACGGGCUUAACUUUUGUCUUCUGCUAAUGAGGGUCGAGCUUAGGCAGCAUAACUACGAAUCACCCGAGUUCACCAACAUGUGUCUUGGCAUAGACAGACUUGCCCAUCUUUACCGUGACAACCGCCAAAGGAAAAGCCACGCAAGAUCACCACUGAAAACCUGUCGACGAUUAGCAUCAAUCAAUGAUGAUUGCUGCUGUUCAUCUCUGUUGCCUUUCGAAUGCCGGGAUAGAUUUUUAAUAGACUAUUGUCGCUGCUCUUACAGUCGUAGCGGGUUUGCUACAUUGUGUAAGGUAAUGGCUGUAUGUUAUUUUUCUUCUCAGCUGCUGUUGCUAGCUCGCUGACCGAUCUUUGCUGUGUAACUGAUGUACUCACAAUUAUUAUUAAUAUCAGAACUUGUUGAGACGUGAACCGAACUAGUGUAAAGUUUCUCUAAUGACUUGUUGCUAGAAUGACCGAACUCAAAUGACAUUGUUACAUGUCAUUGUUUUUAGGUGUAUGUAUCAUUGUUAUACUGGUAGUCUGUUGGUAUCUGGUUGUUUGGGGCCGCGAGAAACCUUUUUACACACCCGGUCCAGGAGCGACAGAGAGACCACGAGGGGUCGGAGUUCGGGUAUCAUGACCAGGUUAGCAGUUCAGGUGGGGUGGCGGGGGUUGUCCGGUUCUUAUGCCGUGUGAUGUUCUUAUUGUUGUACUGGGCCAUCUCUGAUCUCUCCAACGCUGGGAGCAGAGGGGGUGUCCGAGGGCCCACUGUUUGUGCUUGGAGGUGAUUGAUCGCAUGUUCUUGAUGCACACUUAUUGGUUCUUGUUACAGUAAGACGCGGAGAACCUGCUCAUGGUUCCAGGGAGUGUGGCGGAGGUCUCGCGUUCGUUUAUUGGUGCUUUGGUCACAUUGAUUGCAGGUGCUUAUUAGUACAGGAUGAGCGUUGCACUACAGGCAGCCUCUUGAUUCUCGAGGGGGUGUGGCGGAGGGCCGGCUUCGGAUCUUGGGUUUAAGAUCCUCUUGCAUAGUGGUCAUGUUUGGCCAUGGGCACUCUCUUCAGCUCCGGUAGGGGGUGUGACAGAAGGCCCAUUGCUGAUGCUUGGUGAUGAUCGUGGGUCAGUUGUUCUGAUGGCUUCGGUGCUAGUUGAGUGUUACAGGUUGCAGAGAGCCGCGGGGAAAUCUCCCCAACGCUUCGAGGAGUGUGGCGGAUGGCCCGCGUUCGUUUGUUGGUUUUCGUUAAAAACGGUUGUGUAAGCAGGCACCCUUCAGGAAUAGGAGGAACCGGGUCGUUGGCUAACACGUCUUGUAGUGAUCCCUUCAGAUCAUGUUGCAGCUGAACGUGUUCGAAGUCCCGGCAGUUGCAGAGCCGGUGCUCGACUAGAAUCGGAUAUUGCAGGACUCGCCUUCUGGUGGGGGACGCUGAAGAUGGUGUGUGCAUGCAUCACUCUAGUGCUUCCAAUUCGGAGUCAAGAGAGCAUCGUCUGCUCCUUUUGGUUUUCUCAGCUGGUCCCAUUGAUCUUUAAGUAAGAGUGGCCUGGGGAUCUCCGCCAGCAGUUAAUGAAUUCAUAAAGCAGAUUUGUGUUGAAAUCUCUGAAGCUAUCAGUGGUUGGGGUCUCGCCUGGGAGUCGGGGCUACCAUGUAGGGCAAGACGGUGGGAUUUGGUGUUGCCUCUGAUAGCACUGAUAGCGGAAGUGCGGCGUCAACGUUAGUUUUCUCUUGAGGGUGAUUCAAUGGACGACUGGUUCCUUCCGAUGGGGGACGGCAAUGUCGUAGAAGCGGGUUGGUCUGAGAUUUGCUAGGAUGUGAGUGCCGCAGCAAUGCGGCGCUUUGUUCGGCAGAGAAGUUUUAGUGGCCUGGGGCGACCGCGUUAACGGCUGCCUGGGGUGAUCUCCGGGUGCACGGGAUCUUUUUCCUCAAGGCCACCAGAAUGAUGACGUCGCCGUAGACGAAUACGUGGACGCCUCCUGGUAGCACAACGAAAAGCGAGUUCAUCCUCACAUAGCGUCACGGCAAGUGCUAAGGCUUGUGGCACUUCGUUAGCCUUGCUGAAUUCCUGGUAGAAAGUCCCGUCCCGUGGGGUAACUCUGGAUAAAUCUGCCAAGGUUUCCUUGCAGGCCUCAUCGUUUCUUCUUUUGGAGUACACCUUCGCGCCACACUGUGUUUUAGGUUUUUGCCACGUCGAGGAUGGCGAGGUUAGCGUAAAGGUUUUCAAUUUUGGCCUUGCCGAGCACUCCACGGGAGCCUAGGUGACGAGCCCUUUUCGGAAGGCAAAUUGACGUGGGUCGAGCAGUUUUUUGGUCCUCCAAGCUCAGUCGUCGGUUAACCAUCCGUUCCAGGUUUUUUCCGGUACAGCACAGAAAACUAUUUGGCCGGAAAUCGCUAAUAGUACGCGUGCCUUGGUAUUUUCUGGGGGUGGGUACUACGUGUGCAAGUUUUCAUUCUUCUGGAAGGAUCCACCUCCACAAAUUGUCUCCGGGGCCAUAUGUUUUUUUCCUCUAGCGCUACAGAGGGCGGCGGCGAGUUCCAUUCCGGUGAAAGGUUUAUUGUAGGUGGCUCUGGAGUCGGACGCUAAAGUUGUUGGUGAGGCACUAACUGCUUGCUUUUACGCUGGAUGGGCUUCGACGGCGGAUAAGGAUUGGAAGUCCUGUCUGUAAUUUCCGCACUUGGAGGGCUUUCCAACGAGCUUUGAUGGCGGCGGAGACUUCCGGACUCAGCCAGUGUACGGCUCGGUGUGGUGGUGUCCCGCUGAUUCGGGGAAUACUUUCUUUCACUGCGUUGACCAUAGCGUAAUGGAUUUUGCCUUUGCUGUGUCUAGCGGAUCUCCGAUACAGUGGAUGUUUGAUUCAUCGCAAAUUGUGGAAUGCAAGAGCUCCGAUUGACAGUAGUUAAACUAGUAGAAAUAAUUUUCAGCAUAAACGUACAGCGAUUAUACAUAUACAGUGAAGACCCGUUUUCAUCAGCCCCUUGGUGAAUUUUAGGCUUAUAAAACGGGGACAUUGAUAAAAUCGGGACAUCUAUUUUUCUUUCUUUUAAAGAAACGAAAGCUCUUAAAAGUUUCUUCUUCAGUCCCUAGAUAUAGCUUCAUAACCUUUCCUGAUUAUUUAGCUUAAACUUCCCUUAAGGGGAUUUGACAGUGCAAAAUUAAAAAAAAAAAUUUUUUUUUUGCAUAUUUCGGAUCUCUAAGAUAAGAAAAAUAUGCUCAAGAAUAAAUUUACUCGAAUUCAACUUGGAUCGUCUGCUAGAGCCCAUCAAAAUACCAACUAUCAAUUUUCAUAUAAAGCUGAUAAAAUCGGGGGCUGAUAAAAUCGGGUCUUCACUGUAUAAGCUUUCUGAAGGACACAAAGUUUGAAAUUAAUAACUUCAUGAUCCGUAUUUUCUAAACGGAUACUUACAUGUUGAAAGGUUACUAAACCCCGUCUUCGAUGCUAAUAACAAAAAUGGCAUGACUAAGUUCACGGCUCGCGACAUUUGCCACAAUUGGACUAUUGACACCUUAACCUUCUUCCGAAGCCAAUUAAAGAUAAUCAAACGGAAUGAGAUUUAGUUAAGCUUGACCCGAAAUAGAGUAUUUGUAAAGUGUUAACAUUCGCCUGAGUGAUUUUCACCGAUCGUUUAACUCUACUUCCCGUUUAAAUGAAAAGUUGAUAAUUGACGAAAGUGCAUCUCCCAUAUGCACAAAGGAAAUAAAAAUCCUCGAAAUUGGAGUGUACCAAUGUAAGCAGCGACACACUUGAGCAAAACUAAACAUUAAAUAUUCACUGAAAUCGUUAUUAAGAUAGGAUAUGAUGUGGUAAUUGUUCUUUGGGUGGUACAUUGUAAACCGUUUUCCUCUUACAAGAAUAGUCUACUCUACGCCAUGAUAACAUCUGCAGCCUAGUAAAUUGGUCACUUUUAAUUAUGCUUAUGUAAAAUCUUGGAAUGCGAAAUUUAUAUAUUUAAGUUUCCUCCUGAAAGUCAAAGUCUAAUCAAAACAAUGCAACACGAAUUGUUAUGUGCAAUCAGUAUUCAAAAAGGGUAAUCAAAAUAUAAAAAGUGGAAAAUGUAUGUUAUGAUAAACUUAAAUAUUGUUGUAUUAUAUUUAAGCAAAACAAAAUACAUGGUUUUAAGCUAAACUAUGUAUUAUAGCAAAAGUGUACUAUAAAGAUAACACAUGAAAAAAGGAAUAAAGAAAAAGAACACAAAUUACAGUUAAGUACCAACAUAUAUAAAUACGAAACAAAACUAACUGCGCUGCGCUUUCAAGAACCACUGAAAUUUUCUUUCCAGGAAAAAACAUAAAUAAAUAAGAAGGUCAAGUACCAAAACUAUUUAUUGUAAAAGAAACGGGGAAAAGGUAAAAUCAAAACCCGCAACGAAAGGGAGACAAAAAUAAUCUCAACACCCAGGAGUAUAUGUGCGACGCACAGAGUAGACGGAAACUUCGCGCACUGGGUAGUAAAAUACAAUUUAAUAGCGCUAAAAAUUGACAUUCGUGCACGCAUACAGUACAGCGGCACCGGAACACUAUAUAGCAAGAACACAACAGAAACUAAAAGUUGAGCCAAACUUAUCAUAGUUAGCACGAAAGAAGAAAGUUUGUUAUCUAGAUGGUUGGUCGUACCGCUCCACUCAUGCCGAGUGGGUUAGUUGACCUGAACUCAGCAUAAAACACACGAAAAAAAAAAUAAGUCAAAAGCAAAUCGUUGUAAACUAGAAUAAUGAAACAGAACUGAAAUAUAUAUUUUGCUUUAAUA